AAAGGAAGUGGAGCACCGAGUAAUGUUCAGUCGCAAUCAUCGAAAUAAUCAGCACUUCGGACAGUCUGGAUCUUUCUACACGGCUACCGCAGACAGCGGACAUGGUGGCCCUUCGUGCUCUGUCGUUUGCCCUGGUUGUGUUAGUCACCAGUGGUUACGUGGCGGGUGAGACAUUCACAUCACCAAACUACCCGUCCGUGUAUCCACCUGGCAGCAAGGUGGCGAAAAGCUUCAAGUUCGGUACUGGUCUUCGUCCUCGGGUCGCUCUGAAAACGUUGUCCUUAGCUGAAAGAGAUAGCGUCACAAUCGCCGAAGGGGCUGCCAAUGGCACUUAUUGCAAAGGUUGGGAAUUAAGACGAUACACAGGGUUUAAUCAACCAAAGCAAGCCACAGUGUUUAGUGCAGGUUUGGAGGUAUGCAUCGCCUUCGAUGGUUCGAACGGAAAUGCUGAAGGAUUUGAGUUCCUUAUAGAAGGAAUCCCAAUUUGUAAUGGAACAUAUGAAGACGUAGAAAAGAGUGACAUCAUCAGCCCGAACUACCCAUUAUACUCUCCCAUUCAGAACAACUGCAAGUGGCAAGUCAUCGUCCCCCCAGGGCAGCACAUUUCGUUCAAGGUGUAUUCAUUCAACCUUGGAACCAGCUGCAGAAAUGCGUACCUCACAAUUUCAAAUUUAACAGAAUAUGCAGGUGAAAACUCAAAACAAUUCUGUGAGAUGGAUUUAUACAAUAUGAUGAUGGACACACUGGGAAACAGCAACGUCGUUUUCUGGUCCCGGAAAGAGGGACUUGGAUUCAGGAUUCAGUUUACUGUCUUGGGAUGCAAGAAGAGUGACCUACCCGCCAACGCUACAUAUGGAAAACACACCAACCCGCAAGCUCUCUACAACGAAAACUACAUUGCCAAGUUCCACUGCAAUGAUGGCUACAGGUACAGUAAUGACCUGGACGAGUUGGCCUUGACCUGUGCAAGUGACAAGAAAUGGCACCAGGUGACCGAGGCACCGAGGCCAACCUGUAUUCAAAUCCAGUGUCCCAGGCUUGGCGGUCCGCAGUAUGGCAGUGUUAAAUUUGACAGUGAGGCAAUCGGGAGUAAAGCUAUCUUCACUUGCGAUGAAAAUUUCUACCUGGUGGGCGAAUCUGUCCGGGUUUGUCAAAAGGAAGGCACUUGGAAUGGGACGACACCAGUGUGUCAGUUUAGUGAAAGCAUAGGCUGCCAAGAGAUUGGUGACCCCACGUUUGGCAAAGUCAUAGGGAAUGGAUCGACUACCAACUCGGUACUUGCCUUCGAGUGUAACAAGGGCUACACUUUGAACGGGCCCGCUAACAUCACCUGUCAGGCUGAUGGUAUCUGGAGCGGAAGAUUACCCACAUGUGACGUGGUGAGAUGUCCGGCUCUGACAGCCCCCUUGAACGGUGACAUUCAAAAUGUCGACCGCGAAUACCAAGCGGUGGCGUCGUACACCUGCAAGAGUGGGUACCGAUUGGUCAACAGUACGGAUGGGAAGAGGGAGUGUUUGGAAACUGGGUCGUGGAGUGGACCAGAGCUGUUUUGUGAAGUUAUCACGUGUCCAAUACCAAACGUACAUGGCGGCAAUGCGACUUAUGACAGUCUGAUGAUUGGCGGUCAAGCGAACAUAACGUGUGACAAGGGUCACGAGCCUAUGAUCACGGGUUACAAGACAGCUGUUUGUUUGCCAACUGGUGAAUGGUCUAUAGUCAUCCUUGGCUGCUUUAGGGUUCGCUGCCCCCGUCUUGACAACCUCACUAACGCGGAUGCAGAUUGGGUGAGUCAUGCCUAUGGGAACGUCGUAACGGUGGAGUGCAGGCCUGGCUUCUUCUUCGACGAAUAUUGGUCUGUCAAACAAAAGGAGGCACGCUGCACAGAAACUAAGGAGUGGAGUGUUAAUGUAACACAAGGUUGCCUCUUUGCUCCAGUACCAACUUCGCCGCCAGUCAAACCUGUAACGACAACGACAACGACUACAGUAACAGUAACACCGAUAGCAACACAAACAACAACGACAACACCCACUUCACCCACAACGUCCCCGGAAUCAACUUCCACCAGCGCAGCUAUAAAGGAAGGCACAACAUCUGUACCUUCUACAGAGUGGAUUUUAAAUACCACUGCUUCUGAAACCACUUCUUCACCUAUUAAAGUUGUCACCGUUGAACCCAAUUCCACAGCAACCGUAACGAGUGGCCGUUUUUCGACAAGAACGCCAACAACUGACAACUCCCAUGAAAGUACUACGGCGGGCGUUACUCCAACUCUUAACUUUACGACCAAGGAACCACGCGCUACUACGACGAAGCAACUGUCGACUGCAGCGACCACUGAUAUUUCGACGGUCAGCACGGGAAAUUCCACACUGAACACAGAAGGGAAUGGUACCAAUGCAAAGCAAACUGAAGGUGGAAAAGAUAAGAGUGGUGAAUACAUUGGCAUUGGCGUUGGCUGUGCGUUACUCGUGAUUGUAUUGGUCGUGGUUGCCAUUUGGUACAUUAGGAAAUCUAACGCAGUUCCGAGUGAGAGAUUGACGAAUGAUAGUGGUGCCUUCGAGAAUCAACUGUAUGACCUGGACUCGGUCAACGUGACCCCAGGGGAUAAUGAACGGGCUAUUGAUGUACACCAAGCAAGUUUCAAUAAUUAAAGAAAAACUAAUUCGCCAGUGAAAAAAAUACAGAGGAAGUAAGAUUGCGGUGAUAAUAUCCAAGCAGAUCGAAGGAUUAUCUAUACAACUUAACAAAAGGUAUAGAUUUUGAAAAUUAGUAUUUCAUUCAUUCUUCAUAUUUCGCCUUGAAAAAUAUCAUCAGAAAUUGAUGGGGCCGGGUGAGUUAAGAUUGGUAUCUUUGU